AUUGAGUCAGAUUAUACAAAAUAAACAUGAAAAAUGCAAGUUAGAAAAACUUUUAUCGGUAUUUCUAGGCUGUUGAGCUAUAUCAGAGUAGCACACACGCAGAACGCUAGAUGUUUCGUAUCAUGGAAUCAACCGAAAACCAGCGAUUGGAAGAAAGCGGUUUCAGAAGCAGAGAAAAUCGUUGGGUACCCAACGUCCUUCAUGAGUCUUCGAUGUUUACUGAGUGACGAACUCGCAAAUGUGGCCUUACAAGUCAGGAAACUGGUGGGAACUAAACACCCUUUAUUGAAAACUGCCAGAGGCUUUCUUGAUAAUGGAAAACACAGCUUACAAACCAGAGGUUUAAUGAUCUUGCUUAUUUCAAAAGCGGCUGGAGCAAAAAGUGAAAACAUGGAAAAUGUUGACCAUUCAGCAGAUGAAAUGGUUAGUGGCAUAUACCCAAGUCAGAGACAGUUGGCAGAGAUCACAGAAAUGAUCAACACAGCUAACCUGGUACACAGAGGUGUUGUCAAUCUUGACACACUGAAAGACACUGAUGGGUCUUUGAAGGACAUGGAGUUUGGAAACAAGAUAGCUGUACUCAGUGGGGAUUUCUUACUGACAAGUGCAAGUACAGGGCUUGCAGAACUCAGGAAUACCAAGGUUGUAGAGCUGGUCUCUAUGGCAAUAGGCGAUAUGAUGUCGGCCGAGUUCACCAGCCUUAGAGAUCGUAAUGGUCAGGGGGUGUUACCCGAGGGUGUAACAUUCUCGUGCUGGGAACGCCAGACAUUCUUACAGUCAGGGAGUCUCCUGUCCAGGGGGUGCCGGUCUGCCAUGGAACUCGCAGGUCAUAAUGAGCAGGUGCAGAUGGCAGCAGAAGAGUUCGGGAAAAACAUUGCAUAUGCCCGUCAGAUGAAUGAAGACCUGUUACCCUUUGCCAAUCUUGGUGUAGAUCCGAAUGGCAUUCUAUCGUCCGCACCAGUGAUACGAUAUGCAGAAGUACAUGGGCCACAAUCAAUAGACACUUUUAGUGGUCAUGAAAAGAUAAUAGCAACAAUUAUCAGAGACAAUGAGACUAUAGAAUGGUGCAAAGAAAAGUGUAGAGACUAUGGAAGAAAAGCCAUCACAGCUUUGGACAGCUUUGAACCCUCAGAAGCUAAAUCUGCGUUAGUUAAUAUAGUGCAGGCUACCACGGCAUUUAAACCAGUUAAAUCCUGAUGUAAUGUGUUUGAGAAGCUAUUUUAUUUCAAUAGUUUUUUAAAACUAAAUAAGUUUUAGUUAUCUAAUAUACACAUGUUUACUUUAAAAGGUUUCUAGUGGUUCUGGUUUGCUUGAACUGCUUCUGUAGACAUCUUUACACUGUGUGUUGUGGGUGCCCAGCUAUUACAGUCGUUAACAAGCAAGCUAUCUUCUCAUCAGUGUGUUUAACUUUCAAACCAUAUAGAUUUGCAUUUGGUUGAUGAUCACCAGUCCAUACCAGGCAUGUAUGGUUUCUUUGAAGGUCACUUGGUUUUCCCCACAGCUCACAAGAUGACACCUUUUAUACUGUUACUGCGAUGGCAAUAAGCCAAUGGGCCCUAAAAUGUGUAGUGGACCCGUGGAUUUUCUGAGAAAAUUAAGACACAUAUUUCCUCCAUAAAGAAAGUAUUGUAUGAACAAUUGUGGUUUAACCAUGGCCAAAAUGGCAGUUUUUAACCAUGCUGAGCAAUAUUCAGUAUUGUGCACACUUGUAUGCUGGAAACUAGAGCUAUGAUUCAAAUUUCAUUAACAAAUUAUUCUGCGAGUCUCAAGUGUUGGGACAAACUGGCUAUGAUUGUAUAAUUAAGCUUCAAUGAAGAUGGGUCAUAUUUGAUAUACAACCAAACCCUGUAUUUCUUGUUAAACCGAUUUAUAAAUUGCAUGCAUUAUAAAUAUUUCAACAAAGUAAAUAAACAUGCAAAGUGAGUUUGAAAUAAAUUGUACGUUUUUU